AUGCAACGAGCUGUUGUUGACAGGAGUGGAACUAGCACUUCUGGUACUACUGAUGUAACCGGUUCUUAUGUGGUACGAGGCAGAUCUGUCGCUGAUGGACAAUCUGAUGGUAGGAUUACAGGAUGGAACCUUGCCCAAGUACGCGUAAGACCGAUCCUGAAGAAGAAAGCAGUCUCCACUGAAGAUAGGGGAGAGUUGCUAAUGAAGAAAUGGCAAGCACAAAUAGAAGCUGCCAGUACUUUCAAGGACGAUGACAGCAUGGUCAGCGAUGGAAGCUUGAACAUGCAGAUCUACAAGUCGACCUCAAAGAUGGAUUCAUUGAAGCACUGUUCUCAAUGGACCAAAGACAA